AUGAAUUAAAUUUAAUCGUAUAAAGGUAACUUAGAUAUCAAACGAAGUUAUUUUAGUAGGAGAUAGCAAGGUCGGGAAGACAAGCUUUUUUAUUCGAAUAACUAAGAAUGUUGCUCCAAGAUAGCCCUAAUCUACAAUUGGAGUUGAGUAUGCAACAAAGUAGAUUGUGUUUAAGGAGUCAAUAAUAAAUCUAAAAAUUUGGGACACAGGUAUGAUAUUUUUGAUUUAGCUGGUUCUGAGAAAUAUAAGUCUUUAACUUCAAAGUAUUAAUUACACUAUUUAGCCAUUUUCAUUAAUCAUAAGGGGCAUUAUUGUUUUAUGAUCUGACUGAUUUAUAUUCUUAUGAAAAUUUACAAUACUGGUUGAAAGGUAGUCAUAAAUAAUAAAUGAAGAUAUUUACAAUAAUGCUGACGAUAGAAUUGUGAUUAUAAUAGUAGGAAAUAAAUUAGACCUGAUUCACGAUGGAGUAGAACUCAGAUGUAUUGCAUAAGAGAAGGUUCAAUAAUUUUGUAAAGCUAAAAACCUGUUGUAUUGUGAAAUAUCAACAAAAACAGGAGAGGGAAUAAAUGAGUUGAUUGAUUAGCUUGCUCAGAACGUAUAAGCCAGAAAAGUCUCACAAGAUGUCUUAUAAUAAAGGCCUAGACAAAAUUGUUGUACUUGA